AUGUCCGCUAGAAAAUUCAUCAGUGGUGCGACACCAAUUUCACGUUCAGUAAUUCUCCUGCCCAGAGAUUCAAUGCACGUGAGGUUACCAGCCCGUGGCACUAUGGCUUCGACUUCGAUGUCCAGAGAAUAUCAGAACGAUGUAAUCUCGGAGUCCAGCCCGAAAAUAGCUACUGAAGAGAAGAUAGCAGUGAAGGAUGCAGAGGGGCAAAAGAUUGAGAGGCCAACUGAAGUGGCGGGAAAGAAGGUAGAUGGAAACAAUGGAGAGAAGUCGGAGAAGAAGAGGAAGACAAUUGCCGAAAUGGAUGAAGAUUUGAGGGCAAAGAUGGAAGGAAGAGAGGGUGCAGCUGGGGUGUCAUAUGAAGGAGGAAAGCCGGUGACCGAUGGAUUCGGGAGGGGGGUGAAGAGUAAUAUGUUCAGGAAUGGCAGUUGCAAUCAACAUAUCACUCAUGAUCGAAUAUCUCAAUCCGAGAGUGAAUCACAACCAACACGUCUAGGAAGGAAGGAAAAGAAGAGGCACAAUACAGCGGGACAAUCUCAUUCUCGUAAUUCAACUUUACGCAAGGAGCAAAUUUCGUGGUCUGAGAACAUAUCACAUGCCAAGACUGAGAAGAACGAAGACUUUCAGAAUUACGAGAGACUCAAGAAGGAAUACAGGCUUUUGAGCAAGAAAAAAGAUGGACGAUCGCAAGGAUCCGGAAGCGGGGAGCGCGAAAAGGGAGCUCCUAAGGGAGACCCCAACGAACGCUUCAGAGAUGGAAAACCACUCUCGGAAAAAGAAGAAGUUCAACCUGGGGACUCCGAACGUGGUAUGCAAGACGGCGUUGCAGCGUGCGGCAAUGUGUUCAAUCCUUCAACGACCGACAAUGAUAAUGAUAUAUCGCAUUCAAAUACCGAUCGGAGUCAUAGUUUCAGUUCAAACGGAAUGAAUACUUGUCUAGAUCUAUAUGAGAAACCUCGUUGCGGUUUAGUCCGCCUAGAGCAAGAUGGAACCGACGACCAAGAAAUAGAAAAAUACGAGGAUAGUUUCUGUCGUAUAACUGGCCCUACUACCUAUCUUCUGGAUACAAUGAUUGGAAGUGACCUUAUUCUCGAUAGGGGAAAAAUACAUUCUUGGAGAGUUGAAGGAAAUAAGGACCUAGCACAUUUUGUGUUGCGACCACUUCCUCGUCUUGAUUGGAGGAUCGGCGAGGAUAACAGUCUGUUUCUUACGAAGGCCUUUGCUGGCUUUAGUGGAGAAACGGUGGCCAAAGAAUAA